UUCUCUUUAAGCUCAAGAGAGAAGUUUCUUUAAAUCGUGAUUUUUCAUGUUUAUUUAAAAUUGAAUGUCUUGAGUUAAGAUACGAGAGUUACUAUCAUGAGCGAAUUGUCUUGUGAAGAGUUGUUGCAGUAUAUUCCAUCUAUCUCCGACUUCAAAGAUCUUCGUUCAAGUUACAUCGUUAAUUGUGUUUUAAACAAUUUUCUUACCCAUACCGCCAUUGUGUCAAACAUUGUUACAAUGUUAGCGAUAAGGAAAUCCUCGUCAUUGCCGAAUACUUCAAAAACUUUGCUUUUGAGUCUCGCUGCUUCCGAUAUUGGCGUUGGUUUUUUUGUUCAGCCAUUUUACACCUCACUUUUAGUCAACUGGUUGCAACAGAACAAUCCAAACUGUUACGCCUAUGGGAUUUUUAGGAAUAUUGGUUUCCUUUUUUCUACGUCUUCCUUCCUAAGUGUGGUGGCUGUGAGUGUAGACAGAUUCUUAGCUGUUCAUCUUCAUCUCAGAUACCAAGAGUUUGUGACCCACAAGCGUGUUGUUGUUGUGGUGAUAAUAAUAUGGCUGCUAAGUGCAACUGUGCCUUUACUGACAUUAUGGAACCUGCACGAUGUGCAAAGGUUAAUUCUUUCCCUGUUCGGUAUUACUGGUAUUCUUUUGACAACAUUGAUUUACAUGAGGAUUUAUUUUGUGGUACGACGCCACAAGAUUCAUAUUCAGUCUUUGCGAGUUCUACAGUCAGGUGAGAUGGCAAAUUUUUCUGGUCUCAUCAACUCGGCUGUCGGUGUUUUCUACAUAUACGUCCUUCUUAUAAUCUGUUGUUUACCCUUCUUAAUCUGCCUGGGAACGUUGGGGCCUAACAAUUCCAGUACCUCCAUGAAAAAACUUUUUGUCUUUUCGUUGACUUUGUUGUAUCUAAAUUCAUCUCUGAAUCCUGUAAUUUACUGCUGGAAGAUGAGGCACAUUCGACGUGCUAUCAUGGACCUAUUACGAAACAUGUCUUGGGCUAAAAAUCGUGCAUCUCAAUGA